UACCCCACCGCUAACACAAUAACACAGCCCUAAAAAAAAAUUAACCAGGAAUUCUCUAGAUCUCUAAAAUUCAGAACAAAUUAAAGAAGUUUUAAAAAGUCGAAAAAUAUCUGUUCUUUUUAGGGUUUUUCGAUCUGAUCUUUAAUUUCUCAUCCUCUUCUUCUUAGUAGACGGGAAUUGAUCUUACUUGCAAAUCUAAUUUGCUAAUUUAGAUUUUUGUACGUCAAAACCGAGCCUCUUUUUUUUUUUUUUUGUCUUAGGGUUUGAAUAAUGAACGAUCAGCCAUCACCGUCAAUCAUGAAUCAGCAGCCACCGCAAUUGAUGGGUCAGCCACCGCCGAUUCAUCUUCAAUUACAGAUGUUGAGUCACAGUCAAGCCAUGAAUCAACCACAGCCGUUGAUGAUGAUGAUGAUGAACCAGAGACCUUUCAAGAAGUUUCAAAAUCCGUCGAAGUUUAAUAAUAAUUUUGUUCCUUCAAAGCCUAGAAGCAGCAACAACAGCAGCAGCAACUGGAAGGGUAAAAAUGCCAACAACAACAAAAGAAUGGAAAAUUCCAAUAAUAACCCUGGUUUAUCUUGUGGUGUUAGUGGCGGCGGUGGCGGAGGGUAUAAGCCACCGAGUUUGAAUGAAUUGCAAACACAAAACAGAAUGAAAGCGCGGAAAUAUUAUCAUCCAAAGAAGAAAUUUAAUAAUCGGUUCGCGCCUUAUGCGCCGAGGAAUACGACGUCGUUUAUUAUCCGGGCGAAAAAAUCUGGUGGGAUUGCUUCGUUGGUUUCUCCGUGUCCGGUGACUCCGGCAAUGUUGCCAACUCCGAUGUUUUCGCCUUCGAGGGAGGUGUUAGGUGAUAUGGCGAAAGAGGAGUGGGGUGUUGAUGGGUAUGGAUCGAUGAAGGGGUUGAUUAGGUUGAGAUCCCCUGGAAAUGAAGCGAGUGAGGAUGAUGAGGAUGAUGAGGAGAGUGAUGUGGAAGAGCACGUGGAAGUGGAAAGGAGAUUGGAUCAUGAUUUGAGUAGGUUUGAGAUGAUUUAUCCGAGUGGUGGUGGUGUUGGAGGGGAGUAUAGUUAUAAUAAUAAUAAUAAUGUUUUGGAGAAUAGGGUUGAUGAUCAGGACACGCAUAUAGCGCAAUUGGAAGAGGAGAAUUUGACUUUGAAAGAGAGGUUGUUUUUGAUGGAGAGUGAGUUAGGGGAUUUGAGGAUGAGGUUGCAGUUUUUGGAGAGGCAUCAGCAGCAUGGUCAGAGUAGCAGUAGUGCUAUGGUUUUGGAAGAUGUUAAUGAGGAGGUUGUGGAGAAUGUUUCUGAGAAUGAGAGUGAUGGAGGAUCUGAUAUUGGUGUGAAUACUGUAGCUAACGACGGUAACGAGGACGUGAUGGAGUGGGUGGAAAUGGAGAGAGUAGGGAGGAAUGUUAGUAAUGUUGAUAAGGAGGAAGGGGAGUGAUGAUGUUUGUAUGGAAGAAAAUGCACUGAUGAUCAAGUUAUCAUGAAGCAUGAGGUUAAGGAUGAGAAGGCAGGUAGUGGAUUUGUUAAUGAUGUAGAAAAAGGAGACGAUUUUGUAGCUACUGAUGCAGAAACAGUGAAGGUUGAUGAAGCAAAUGAUGAAGAGGGGAAGCUAACUUUUACCAGACCGUCUGGUUUCAAAGGUGGAGGAGCCUGUCUAAAGGUGAUACUGCUGACAACAGGGUUGUGCAAGACAAAAUGGUUUCAAAGGAGGACACUUCUAAUGAUAAUCAAGUGUCCUUAGAGAUGAGCAUUGGCGGUGGUGACUAAUCUUUUGUCCCGCGUUAAUGAGAUCUGAAACUUUUGAGCCUGAAGAACUUCUCCCUCUGAAAUCCCAGGUUGUUAUGACAUGUAGCCAUAAAAAGUUACACAUGAUUGAGUGAUAGUGGAUGGUAGGUUUAUUACUUUCUGAUUCCAGAUAUGAUUAGAAGUAGAAAACCAGCUGUUGGAGAUUCUAAUAAAACUUUCCCAUCUGAGACUCUGAUUACAGUUUCCAAUUUGAGAAUGCUGGGAGAUUUGGUUGGGUGUUGCUCUUCGAACUUUGCUUAUUAGUGCUAAACUUGUACUUUGAUGCCAAUAACUGUUAUUGCUUAUUGUUGUUUGUAGUCAAAGAGGGUGGAGUUACAUUCAGUGGCUAAAAUUGGAAAAUAAAUGGCCUCAACAAUUUCCCUGUCCCUUGGUAUAUCCGUUACUGGAUUGUUCAGAGAGAGCUAAAGUGCAAUAUCUUGCAUGAAAACAUUUAGUGUCUCCUCAUAUGAAGUUAAUGCAGCUUGACUUGUAAUUGCAGACAGAUAGUGACUUAAAAUUCUUUUUGAGAACUCGCAUACUUUUGAUAGUUCAAUUGAUCAUAAAAAUCGGUGUCCAAUGUUUGAGCAAUUGUAGCUCCUGAGAUUCACAUGUUACCCGGCAAAUGUGAUGCUUAUGUUUCCCAGAGACGUAGCUUUAAGAUUUUUUUUUUGUUGCCUAUUAUAGGGGUGUGUUUUAAGCAGCAGGCUAUGUUGCUUCCACACGAGUGACUGUCCUGGUGGAUGAUGCAGAAAUUUGGAGACUUGAUGAUGAGUCUGCUACACUAAUGAGCCUGCAAUAGGUACUGAGGAUCCCUUUUAUGCCAGGUUUAUAAAGAGCUCGACACUUUUGGUCUCUCACCGUCUGCCUUAAGCUGUGUUCCUGCAUUCCUUUACCCGACAUGAAGAUGGCAGCAACUGUUUGUCUGCCGUAUCAGGUUCAUUGUUAAUACAAUGUUAUUUGUCGAAUCUUGACAGAAUUCAUGUUCAUGUUAUGCUAGCUUAUGUGUCUAUAAUCUAGUCAUGAAUCGAGUGAUAGGUAAUUAACAUUUACAGUUUUUGUGGGGGCAUCAUUCAUUUACGGUGUAGAACCGUAGGUUUCUUGCUUAAUCUUUGAAAUCAAGGAAAGGCCAAAUCCUUGUUUCCUGUGUGCUUGAACCUUGAAAACCCAGCUUCCAAGAUGCGUGGCUAAUCCACGAAGCAACCUUUCAUGAUUUGUUUUU